ACAGAACAAGGAAGUUCCUCCCAUUCAGUCUCCAACAUCUUUUCAGAGAAAACGAAACUGUUGUCUGCUCUUUUCUGUCAGUGUGAGAGAGGCUGUCAGUUAAAUGGCUGAGCAGCAGGAGCAGGGAUUGUUGGACAGAGAUCAGUUGUGCUGUUCAAUCUGUCUGGACCUCCUCAAUCAGCCAGUAGUUACUCUUUACUGUGGACACAGUUACUGUAGAGACUGUAUAGAGAGCUGUUGGGACAAGGAUGAAGAGAGGGGGGUGUACAGCUGUCCUCAGUGCAGACAGAACUUCAGCCCGAGACCUGCCCUUGUGAGGAACAACAUGCUGGCUCAGAUUGUGGAGAAUCUAAAGACAACAGGGAACCAGCAGGCCUCUCCCUCUGCAGAUGUGUCCUAUGCUGGCCCCACAGAUGUGGCCUGUGAUUUCUGCACAGGGACUCGACCCCAAAAAGCCCUUAUGACCUGUUCAACGUGCUUGGCCUCCAUCUGCUCCACUCACCUCCAGCCUCACUACACUGUUCCUGUGCUGAAGAAGCACAAGCUGGUCUCUGCCACGGCCCGACUGCAGGAGAAGAUGUGCUCCAGUCAUGACAAGCUGAUGGAGGUGUACUGUCGUACAGACCAGCAGUGUAUCUGCUAUCUGUGCACCAUGGAUGAACAUAAAGGCCAUGAUACAGUGUUGGCUGCAGCAGAAAGGGUUGAGAAACAGAAACAGCUGGAUAUUAGUUGUCAGAAAGCCCAGCAGAGAAUCCAGGAGAGAGAAAAGGAGAUUAAGAAGCUGAGACAGGCUGUGGAGGAUCUGAAGAGCUCUGCACAGACCGCAUUGGAGGACAGUGAGAGGAUCUUCACUGAGCUGAUGGCCUCCAUUGAGAGGAGGCGCAGUGAGGCAAAGGAGCUCAUCAGAGCCCAGGAGAAGACUGCAGUCAGUCAUGCUGAAGAACUUCUUCUGCAGCUGGAGGAGGAGAUAGAAGAGUGGAGGAGGAGCAGUACUGAGCUGGAGCAGCUGUCACACACUGAAGACCAAAUCCAUUUCAUUCAGAAAUUCAAGUCUCUCUCCGUCCUGGCUGGUUCUCUGGAAUCACAGAGCAUUGUUGUCCGUCCUCUGCGUUACUUCAGAGAUGUGACUGAUGCUGUGUCUGACCUCAGAGACAAACUAGACGAUAUCAUGAAGGACACAUGGCCUAGGAUUUCAUCUACAGUGUCUGCUGUAGAUGUCUUACUGCCACCAGAACCAAAGACCAGAGAAGACUGUUUACUGUAUUGUCGUCCUGUCACACUGGAUGUGAACUCUGCCUAUCAAUAUCUCUCCCUGUCAGAGGAGAACAGGAAGGUGACAUGGACAUCAGGAGGCUUGAAUUAUCCUCCUCAUACAGACAGGUUUACUAGCUAUUGCCAAGUGCUGUGCAAGGAGGGCUUAUCUGGACGCUGUUAUUGGGAGGUGACAUUAAGUGGUUGUGUUCAUAUAGCAGUGUCAUACAAAGAUAUCAAGAGAGCAUCAUGUGACUCACGAUUUGGUUUUAAUGGCAAGUCCUGGAGUUUAAGGUGCUCUGAGGGUUGUUACUGGUUCAGGCACAAUGGUGUAGAAACGGAGGUGCCAGGUCCUUUCUCCUCCAGAGUAGGAGUGUUCCUGGAUCACAAGGCAGGUGUUUUGUCUUUCUACAGCAUCUCUGACACAACAACCCUCCUCCACAAAGUCAAUACCUCUUUCACUCAGCCUGUCUAUCCUGGACUUUGGCUGAGGAAUAAUGGAAUGGUUGCAGAGCUGAUGAAGUUAUGGUAGGGAAGAUCUUGAUUAUGUGUCAUGAUUUGUUCUGUGUUUGAAAUAUAGGAUUGGAAAUAGUGUAAGAGCAGAGCUGUCCUCAGAGGAAGACGUGUUUAGUGAAUGGGUUUCUUUCACCAGUUUCAUUUCUUUGUCUCGUUUUCAAAGGAAUCCCAGUUCUUAUCCAGGGGGACAAAUUGGGUGCUAAAAAGCAGCAACUGAUGGAUGUGGUUUGAUCAAAGAUUAAUUCAGCACCUAUGUACACAGAUUUAUAAAUGAAGCCAGUUUAAAAAACAAGUCCAUCUUUUUUAGUGUUAGUAAAAGAUGUUGGUUGUUAUGGAAGAGAAAGGAGAAGGAAAUCAAACUACUGUUGAUCAACAUUUAUUGUAACUUCCUCAUCGUGCACGACUGUGUAAAUAGGAUGUUUAUUUUUCUUCAUUUCGUCAGAUAACAAUUUGAAAAUAGCACUAUAAAGUGAAACAAGUAUACAAUACAUGAAUAUUAUCUAUCAAUUCACAGUAUAUUUAUUUAAACCAGUAGAAUGUGUUUACAGCAUGACACCCUUGACUUGUAAAAUAAAAGGUAAAGGAAUGGCUUAUUACCAAUCUUGUAAUCCAAAUGUGAAAAAAAUAAAGUCAUAAUUGUGAAAAAGUUAA